AUGCUCGGCUCUACCCUCGUCGGCUACAACUUUGGACUCGCUGGGCCAUUUUGGUUUGCUGCAGGGUGUAGUCCGAUGAUUGUCUUUUUUGCACUUCUCGGAAUCUCCUGCAAGCUCAAGAUUCCGGAAGCACACACGCUGCUCGAGAUUGUCCGCAUACGAUAUGGCACGACUGCACACAUCGUGUACAUGGGCUUGUGCCUCAUCAACAAUAUCAUCGCUGUCGCCAAUAUGCUACUUGGAGCAUCCGCGGCAAUAACGGCCUUGACCGGUAUCCAUAUCAUCGCCGCCACUUUUCUCCUUCCGGUUGGUGUAGUCUUGUACACUUUUGUUGGUGGUAUCAAAGCGACCUUCUUGACGGACUAUUUCCAUACCUUCACUAUCCUUAUCAUCUGCUGUUUCUUCACCGUCAAAGCAUUCACAAUUCCAGAGAUCGGCUCAAUUGGGCAUCUGUACGAGCUGGUCCGAACGGCCUCAACAGCGCACCCUGUGGAAGGUAAUCACGCGGGCAGCUACCUGACCAUGACAUCCAAAGGGGGCAUCUACUUUGGUAUACUGCAUAUUCUCGCCAAUUUCGGACUUGUCAUCAUGGACACUAGCUUCUUCGUGAAAGCAUUUUCCGCCUCGCCUUCUGCCGUGGUACCUGGAUAUGUGAUUGGAGGUAUCGCAUAUUUCGCUGUUCCUUGGUGUCUCGGUACCACCAUGAGCUUCGUUGCCAUUGGCCUUGAAGGCCAGCCUCGGUUCCCGACUUACCCAAGACGUAUGUCAGCCACCGAAGUCAGUGGUGGCCUGGUAUUACCAUACGCCGCAAUCACCAUCGCCGGCAAAGGCGGAGCAGCCGGGAUCUUAUUGAUCACCUUCAUGGCAGUCACAUCGACCUUAUCAGCGCAAGUUAUUGCUGUAAGCUCGAUCAUCAGCUUCGACAUAUACAGACAAUACUUCAAUCGACGCGCUAAAGAUGCCGACGUCAUCCGCUGGAGCCAUUACGGCGUGCUUUUCUUCGGAGUCUUUGCCGCCGCUUUCAGCACGCUGCUGCAUUACGUCGGCGUGGAUCUAGGCUGGACACUGUACAUGCUGGGCGUCCUCACCUGCCCCGGCAUCUUCCCCACAGCCUUCACGAUCCUCUGGCGUCGCCAAUCCCGCAUCGCCGCCAUCCUCUCUCCGCUCCUGGGUAUGGCAACCGGUCUCGCAGUCUGGCUCGGCUCCGCCUCCGCGCUGUACGGCGGCGUGAAUGUCGCAACGACGGGACAGAUCUUGCCCUGCGUGUACGGCACCGUCGCCUCCGCAUUCAGCCCCUUGCCCUACACGAUCAUCCUCUCCUUGUUCAAUCCGCAGAAUUUCGAUUGGGCGGACUUUCGCAAGGAGAAACUUGCUUUUGACACGGGGGAUGAUGUUGUUGCGACCGUGGAUCCUGUCAUCGAGCAAGAGCUUAAUGAAACUGGGGCGGGCUCGCAGCCGCAUCUUAAGCGCUGGGCGAGAAUUGCGGCUUAUUGGAGUAUCGCGACGUUCGUGGGUCAUUGGGUGCUGUGGCCGCUACCAAUGUAUGCGGCGAAGUACAUUUUCAGCAAGACAUUCUUUACUGCGUGGCUUGUGGUGGCGAUUAUUUGGAUUUGGGGGACGUUGUUUGUGGCUGGGUUCUUUCCGUUGAUUGAUGGGCAUAGGCAGUUUAGAGCUGUCUUUGCAGCGGUGAUGAGAGAGGGAGGGGUUAAGGAAGGUGAAAGGGGAGGUGGUGGGGACGGGGAGUCCGGAGACGAGGGGGAGCUCCACUGA